GUGCUCUACAAGCUAUUUCGAUCUUUCUGUGAAAUGCCAGCCGUCAAAAGUGUGGAUAUUUUUGCUGGAGUUGGAAAAUUCUUUGUGGUUGGGCUAGGAGGAGUUUUAGUUGGUCUUACUUUUGGGAUGACUGCCGCCUUUACCACGCGGUUCACCAAGGAUAUCCGCGUCAUCGAACCACUCUUUGUCUUCCUGUUCAGCUAUCUUUCCUACCUCACUGCCGAAAUGUUUCACCUUUCGGGGAUUGUGGCCAUCAUUGCUUGUGCCAUGGGCAUGAAACGUUAUGUGGAGGCCAACAUCUCUCUGAAGUCUCACACCACAGUCAAAUACUUCAUGAAGAUGUGGAGCAGUGUUAGUGAUACCCUCAUCUUCAUCUUUCUUGGAGUUUCCACCAUUGGAGAAAAUCAUGAGUGGAACUGGCCGUACAUUUGCUUCACUGUCAUUUUCUGUCUCAUUUGGAGAGCUCUAG